AUGGCCACCGUCGCCCAGGACUUCUCCAAACUUCGUUCGUUUUUACCCUCGCUGAGGGUCGAAGAACUCAAGGGAAUCAUCCGAACCAUCAACGGAUACUUACACACCGUGGCCAGACUCACCGGCAAGAAAGACGAAUUAAUCGUUCGGAUCGAGGGUUACCUCCAAGAGUCCCUUAUUGGAAAUAAACUCGACAACUACGAUUAUAUCAGAGCAGCCAUCUACCGAUACUGUCGCGAACCAUAUACACCAACCUACCUGCGGAACACCCUUAACACUUACCUGCAAGCCCAUCAAACCCACCCUGCCUCAACCGUGCUCCCCUCCUCAUCAGCAGCCUCCUCAUCUCUGCGAGUGAAUGCUCCAGUCGUUGACCAGGGUCCCGCCCCCACGCCAUCCAACAUGAGGUCGGGCUUUCCUAUCAAACAGCCCAGUAACCACAACCAGAACUACAGCGCCAACUCCGGUAUCAACCCUAACCCUCCCAGCCAAGGAUUCCCCCCCAAGCCGCAUCAAGUUCAUCCUUCCUACUCACACGCUCCCUUUAAUUCCCGCGCUCUGCCCAUCAGCUUCGAAAAAUCUCCAUUCUAUCGCGUUGAUUCUGCAGCCUCCGGAGUGGCCAUCUGCCAUCGAGCGGCCCAAAAUGACCGCAAAUCGGUCCCAUUAUCGCUCAUUCUGUCGGCUGACCAGAGAGCCAAAAUGUCACAAACCCACAUGAACGCAAUUGGGAGCCAAUACCAGCUGCGCCUGUUUGCCACCUCGGAGGCCUUCUACAACCAUCCGAGCUACGCCACCGGACCCCAUACCCAAUCCUUACCCCCCGCACUCAUCGAAUUCCCUACCACAACCGACAUCAAAUUAAACACCUGCUCAAUUACCUCUAACCUUAAAGGGAUCAAAAAACAACCCGGUACCGCUCCCCCUCCUGAUCUCGCUCUCGUUCCUGGUAGAAAUGGCAGCGGUCAGGCCCUAGACCUCAAAGAGGGUAGACCUAACCAAAUCGAAAUUGCUUACUCGAAUUCUGAUAAGAGGUUCUACUUUGUGAUUUAUCUAGUCGAGUAUUUCGGCGUCUAUGGACUGAUGAAGAACUUGAAAGCCAAUCGAAAGCGGGGGCACGACCAAGUUUUACAAGAGAUUAUCGCAAGUUCGGGAGAUGAGGAUGUAAUGACCUCAGCCUCGGAAGUGACGCUGAAAGAUCCUGUGGUGUUUUCGCGGAUCAAGACGCCGAUCCGGUCGACCCGAUGCAAACAUCUCCAAUGCUUUGAUGCGGAGAUGUUCUACACGAUGAUGGAGCAGACGCCGACCUGGCUCUGUCCGGUGUGCAACUCAAAGUUAAAGAACGACGACAUUGCGGUGGACGAAUACUUCGAGUCGAUCUUGAAGGCCGCUCCGAGUUCGAUCGACACCGUGGUGAUCGAGGCGGACGGGAAAUGGCACGAUGAGAAAUUCGAGCACGGGACGAGUCUCAAGAAACGAGCUUCGCAGUCCGUGAUGAGUGGCGAGAGUGGCGCAAGCGGAAGUCGGCCGUCGGGCGGCGUCGGUGGGGCGCACAAGCAGGGCGCCCCAUCGGGUCUGCACGGCCAUCCCGACGGGUCUCUGCACCAGAAACGUAAGGAGUCUUCCAGGGCUCAGCCAGCUAAACGUCAUAAGGCUUUCGGGCACGCAGCUGAUUGCGUCAUCGAUCUCACUCUUGAUGACGAUUGA